AUGCCAGACCCAGACUCUGUCUCCAACAACUCCUCUUUGCUCUUUUCCUCUGACGAUGAACAUAGCAGUGGCCACUACGAUGCGGAUGAUCUUCGCGGAGAAGAUGAUGAAUAUUUCCAACAAUGUCAUAUCUGCGGCUACGCGUUCUACUUGAAUAGGUUUUCACCAGACGCACACGACCUGAAUGAUGUCACCUUCCACCAUCCCCAAAAAGGUAUCUGUAAAGCCCAAAAAUUGGAGAAUUUGGAUAUGUAUGGCGAUUAUCAGUCAUGCUGGUGGAUGCCUCGUCGGAUGAUUCUACACAACAUUAAAAACGAUGGGUGCCAGAUAUCCGGCGUUACCAUACCACGAAUGAACUAUGGCACCUUCUUUGUACCUUGGAAGAAGACUGAUGGUUUGAUCUACGAGCCUCGUACAAGUGAGCAAAGGCGGAAGGUGGUCAUGCCGAUGGUUAAGGUUGUGAUCGAUGAAGAAGGUCAUACCCUCAUGAGCGGGUAUGAAGACGAUAUUUCCCAUGACUGGAUGGGAUAUCCAGUCCACGCACGGUGCUGGGAACUGCUCAUGCACCACAACCUAGGCGAUAUUGCGAACAAGAACCUGAAGGUUCUCAUACCCGGUCCGGACUGA